GCGCGUUGGGAACCAGCACGGAAGCUGUGGUUGCGGAGGACAGUGGUCUGGAGGGACGGAUUCCAAGUGUUGUACCAUAUGAGAUCUUUUAUAGGCUGUGAUACAGGGUUUCUUCGCCUACAUCAGUUGCUGGUAGAGAGUUGGCGUCAGAUGUGCUUCUACCAUCAGGUGUUGAUUUCUGACCAGGUGCAAUGACCUAGUGGAGGGCUGGAGAGGAUGUUUCAAAAGAAAGCAUGUCCUCGCUUACUGGACUACCUGGUCUUCAUUGGUGCCAGGCAGCCCAGCAGUGAUAGUAUUGCUCAGACUCCUGAGCUGCUGCGUCGCUAUCCACUGGAAGAUCACCAUGACUUUCCCCUCCCUCCAGACGUAGUCUUCUUCUGCCAGCCUGAGGGAUGUCUCAGUGUGCGGCAGAAACGCACCAGCUUGCGUGAUGACACUUCUUUUGUUUUCACUCUGACGGACAAGGACACUGGAGUGGUUCGAUACGGGGUCUGUGUCAACUUUUACCGCUCCUUCCAAAAGCGAAGCCGGGACAGGCCAGACAGGGGGCCGCAGCACCCAAAGAGCAAUGCCGUAGAGACACUGGAUGACCACAAUAACUCCGACAGUGGCUCAUCCUUGGCCACGCAUAGUGCUGAUUCCACCCCUGACAUCAGUCGUUCGCCCCGGAUGAAAUCCCAUCUGAAGAGUGGGAAUCGAUCACGGAACAAUACCCUAACUUCACUCUGCAUACUCAGCCACUAUCCAUUCUUCUCUACCUUCCGUGAAUGUCUUUACACCCUCAAGCGAUUGGUGGACUGUUGCAGUGAGCGCCUGCUUAUUAAGAAGGCAGGAAGCUUGAAAGGCAUCCAAAGAGACACUAUGUGGCGGCUUUUCACUGGCUCUCUGACAGUGGAUGAAAAGUCCAGUAUCGUCCUCCAUGACGUGAGAGAAAUUGAAUCCUGGAUCUACAGGCUCCUGCACUCCCCUGUGCCUGUUCCUGGCCAGAAGAGAGUAGAUGUGGAGAUACUACCCCAUGAACUCCAGCCAGCCCUAACCUUUGCUCUUCCAGAUGUGGCCCGCUUCUCCUUGGUGGAUUUCCCUCUGCAUCUGCCCCUCGAGCUUCUUGGAGUUGAACCCUGCCUGCAGGUGCUCAGCUGCAUUCUACUGGAACAUAAGGUGGUGUUGCAAUCCCGUGAUUACAAUGCACUGUCCAUGAGUGUGAUGGCUUUUGUCGCAAUGAUUUAUCCUCUGGAAUACAUGUUCCCAGUUAUUCCCUUGCUGCCCACUUGCAUGGCUUCAGCAGAGCAGCUACUACUAGCUCCGACCCCUUACAUCAUUGGAGUCCCGGCCAGUUUUCUCCUCUACAAGGCUGAUUUCAAGAUGCCAGAUGAUGUGUGGCUUGUUGAUCUAGAUGCUAAUAAGGUUAUUGCCCCUACUAACGCAGAGCUGUUGCCCCUCAUGCCUGAACCUGAAGCCAGUGAGCUGAAGAAGCAUCUGAAGCAGGCACUGGCAAGCAUGAGCUUGAACACUCAACCAAUCCUCAAUCUCGAGAAGUUCAAUGAAGCACAGCAACUGCCUCUGCUGACUGGGAGGGCACGCGAAGAGCAGACCUCCACUCCGUCCACCGAGUUCAACCCCCUCAUCUACGGCAAUGACGUCGACUCAGUGGACAUUGCAACCCGGGUUGCCAUGGUGCGGUUCUUCAACUCCCCCAAUGUGCUGCAGGGCUUCCUAGCCCACACCAGGAUCCUCCGACUCUUUCCUCGGCCUGUUGUUGCUUUCCAAGUAAAUUCUUUCCUGGCAUCCAGACCCAAGUUGUCGUUAUUCACUGAGAAGCUGGCUCGGACUCAGGCUGUGGAAUAUUCUGGAGAAUGGUUGCUGAAUCCCACCAACUACACCUUCCAAAGGAUCCACAACAGUGUGUUUGACCCUGCGGUGAUCGGAGAUAAGCCCAAGUGGUAUGCCCAUCAGCUUCAGCCGAUUUACUACCGGGUCUAUGACAGCAACUCUCAACUGGCUGAGGCUCUCAAUAUUCCCAUUGAGAAAGAUGAUGGCUCUGAACCGACUGAUGACAGUGGGAGUGACAGUGUGGAUUAUAAUGACUCCAGCUCUUCCUACUCUUCCCUGGGUGACUUUGUCAAUGAGAUGAUGAAGUGUGACAUCAAAGGAGAUACACCCAAUGUUGAUCCUCUGACCCAUGCUGCCCUUGGUGAUCCCAGUGAGAUAGACUUCCAGGGCUUUCAGAAAGAUCAGGAAGAUCAAGAUGACCAGGGACUGGAUAGCGAAAAUUCUCUGGAAAACAAUCCUCCUCGUUCAAGUUCAAGUACAACAGCAAGCAGCAGUCCCAGUACGGUCAUACAGGGCAUCAAUCAUGAGUCCAUUGACUCGGUGGAGGCUGAUGAAAAGUCGCUGACUUUCCACAACCAUAUCGCAGCCACGUCGAUUCAGGCCUUUGCUAAAGCCAGCUUAGAGCGGCGGGAAAGUGAUGGCUUGUCUGAGGUUAUGGGCCGGCAGAAGGACUAUGACAAUCCCUACUUCGAGCCUCAGUAUGGCUUCCCUACUGAGGAAGGCGAGGGUGAAGACGAUCAAGGGGAGAGCUACACACCUAACUUCAUUCAGACCAUCAAUGGAAACCGGCCCCUGAAGCCACUUCGCCCCAACAGUCUGAAACUCCCGAGCGACUCUGAAGUGGAAUCAGACUCAAGGGCAAGCUCCCCAAACUCGACCAUCUCUAACAACAGCAGUGAAGGCUUUGGAGGAUUUAUGUCAUUUGCCAGUAACAUCUAUAAGAGUCGUGGCAGCAGCUUCAGUCUGUCGAACCUGGCAUUACCAAGCAAAGCAGGGCGAGACAAGAGCACACCGUUCCCCAGCCUCAAAGGUACCAGGCGAGCACUGGUUGAUCAGAAAUCGUCUGUCAUAAAACACAGCCCGACUGUGAAGAGGGAGUCCCCAUCACCACAGGGCAGAGCGAACAACAGCAGUGAGAACCAGCAGUUCCUGAAGGAGCUGGUGCAGAAUGUACUGGAUGGUCAGGGUGUUGGCUGGUUAAACAUGAAAAAGGUUCGGCGACUCCUGGAAAAUGAGCAGCUUCGUGUGUUUGCCCUCAGCAAGCUCAACAGGACGAUCCAGUCUGAGGAGGAUGCCCGACUGGAUAUCCUCAAGGAUGUGGAGAUCAGUAAGAAGGUAUAUCGGGGGAUGUUGGACCUACUGAAGUGUUGUGUGGGCAGCUUGGAACACUCGUAUAGCAAUGCUGGUUUGGGAGGGAUGGCCAGUGUCUUCACCCUGCUCGAGAUCGCCCACACUCACUAUUAUGUCAAAGGUAAGAAGGCACAGUCAGUUGGCCAGGGGCACAUCACUACAACCACUCAGCAACAAUGGUGAGUUUUCAUAAGAAAA